UUGUAGCUUUAAACCCAUACAGUGAAAUUCUAGACGUGUCAGCGAAUGAGUUCCGACCAGAGGGCUGUUGCCUACAUUACCAUCAUAGAAACACAUUUUAAAGUAGAAAUCCGACCAGAAGAAAUCCUCGGGGGUUGGGCUGUGUGAAAAGUGCAGGUCUUGCAUAAUUUAUCACCAAAGCCGUCAUCUAUCCACCGCGCGUAUGGCACCGUGUGCAGUCAACGAUCAGGCCGUGAAUCCAGAAAACUGGAAAUCUUACAACGCAGGUGCCGAAGCUUCACAUCCAGAUGAAGCGCCGAGCAGCAGCCGACCCGUUUGGACGAGGCGCGGCGCCCUGCGUUUAGCUGAUGCCUCUGGGCUUAGGUGAGCGAGAACCCCCGUAAACUGCGGAUGUCCCUGACCAAUUCAAGCGUCUUUCUGCUUAAUGAGGGUUCAGCCGAUUCCUACACUAGUCGACCCUCUGAUUCCGACCUGUCCCUAGAGGAGGACCAGGAGGCGUCUCGGCGUGAAGCCGAGCGCCAGGCUCAGUUACAGCUGGAGAGAGCCAAGUCUAAACCUGUAGCAUUUGCAGUGAAAACCAAUGUCAGUUACUGUGGGGCUCUUGAUGAAGAUUGUCCAGUCCAAGGUGCUGCUAUUAACUUUGAAACCAAAGACUUUCUGCACAUAAAAGAGAAAUACAACAAUGACUGGUGGAUUGGUCGGCUGGUGAAGGAAGGGGCAGACAUCACUUUCAUCCCAAGCCCAGUAAAACUGGAGGCCAUGAGGAUAAAACAAGAGCAGAAAGCAGCAGCAAGGAAAGGAGGGAAUGCUUCAUCGGGAGGCUGGAGGUCCACCUCGCCAUCUGCAGCUAAACAGAAGCAAAAACAGACUGAACAUGUUCCUCCAUAUGAUGUGGUCCCUUCUAUGCGGCCAGUGGUGCUGGUGGGUCCUUCACUGAAAGGAUAUGAGGUAACAGACAUGAUGCAGAAAGCCUUGUUUGAUUUUCUAAAGCACAGAUUUGAUGGCAGGAUCUCUAUUACACGAGUGACUGCUGAUCUGUCACUGGCGAAGCGCUCGGUGCUAAACAAGAAGGCCAUAAUGGAAAGAUCGAACACACGCUCCAGUCUGGCUGAGGUCCAGAGUGAGAUAGAGAGGAUCUUUGAGCUGGCCAAGUCUCUUCAGCUGGUUGUCCUGGAUGCAGACACCAUCAACCACCCAGCACAGCUCCUCAAAACGUCCCUGGCUCCCAUCAUUGUCUACGUCAAAGUGUCCUCACCCAAAGUUCUUCAGAGGCUGAUCAAAUCUCGAGGGAAGUCACAAAGCAAACACCUCAAUGUACAGAUGAUGGCAGGGGACAAGCUAGCUCAGUGCCCACCUGAAAUGUUUGAUGUUAUCCUGGAUGAGAAUCAGCUGGACGAUGCAUGUGAACACCUUGCAGAGUACCUGGAAAUUUACUGGCGAGCUACACAUUUCCCUUGUUCUGCCCCUGUUAACCCCUUGCUUGACCAAAGUGUGAUCACCCCGCCCUCAGCUAACUCCAGCCAACAGUUUUCUGAGACUCAAGAGUUGAUAGAAUGAUCACGUCCACAGACAUAGGAGCAGCCUGUGCUGUUGGCUGGGGUCAGACUAAGAAGUCACAGGGCCCAGGGACCAGGGCACCACCAGGGGGCAGCAUCCGUCAACUCUCCAAGGCCACCUUCUCUGUCCACACCUGGGACAAAGAAGAGCGUGAGAGCAGAGUCCCUCAGAAAAACCAGAAGGUUGGUGAGCUGGAAGAAGAGGACAAAUAAAAGCUGUGACAUAAGCGGGAGGAGGAAGCAGAUUAGACGAGAGUCCACUUCCCUGCUGCCCCCUCGGCAAGAGCUCCCUGCUCCCAUCGCCACGCAACAACUCAGGGCCACUUUCUACAGCUGCACGCAUAUUGGUAACAAAAACCAGUACAGCAGUGCAGUCACUGCACAACACCUUCCCUCUUCCCACAUCCUUUCUCCCCCCUGAGACUUUAACUUUGAUCCCAAUUCUUCUUUCACACUGGAAGUCACAUCCCCCAUCUGGCAAAGCUGUCAGCCAAUGUGAGUUCAGAUCACCAGAAGUGGCUCUCCCAGACACAGAUAGGCUGAUUCAGUACCUGUGAACUCAGAGUAGGUUACAUACAGUAAGUACUGUAGCAUAGCACGCAACAUAAACAGGAAUUGUCAUCCAAUGUAGGGCUUCCAGGGUUUCCUCUUGAUAAACUUGGCUGGCCAAAGCGAGCAGAGAGUGACAGCAGACCAGUUCUGUAUGUCUUCCAUCUCUACAGCUCUCUGUGAGGUAUCAUUCCAGUAUAACCAAGUGUUUCUUCAAAGGCACAGUUGUUUCUGUCAGCAUCAACAUGGUGUCACCUGCAAUGGGACACACAGGGAGAAUGAAAACAUUUCUUUUCCUUUAUCACUUAUUUUGGCUCCUUUUUAACCCAGUAGCCUUUUAAAUGAUUCUUUCUCUUUAUUUUUUACUGCGACUAUCAAUAUUACUAUUUAUCAUUUAUAUCCUGAACUUCAGUAUAACUGAUCACAUAUCUACACAUAACAGUGAUGCAGAAUCUUUGCAUGACAAGCACAGAGUUGCACAUCAAGUGUUUAUAUGUAUCCUUUGUCACAGUUGUGAAUGUAUAAAAGCUGCUCUGUUGGCUUAAGAAGGAUUAUUUACAUUCACUGUGGUUUGUUUGCAAAUGGCUGGUGGCAAAUCCUAUAACCUAACAAAAAUUAAAAUACAAUUUGAUAUUAAACAAAAACAUGGUUUUUGAUAUCACUUGUAUAAAGAAGGCUUUUCCAAUAAAUAAUAAACAAACACAAAACAAAUCACCAAUAUUAAUAAUUUUAACUAAUCAGCUGCUGCGCUCGCAGUAUGAAUUUGUUUUUACCCUUAAAUGAUUAUUUAAAAUUUUCCUUCUGAUGCUGUUUGAUAAACCCAGAAAUAUAAACUGUCAUCAUCAGAUAUAAGAAGACUGACUGAUAUUUAACAUGUGAAAGUUACUCCAAAAAGCUUGUAUGAUUUGCUCCAGUCUCAACGUGGAAAACCUGAUAUUUAUGUUCUUUCCUGACACCAAACUGUUCCUAAUGAUGGUUUUAAAACAAAACUGGAAGCCUGAGACUGAAACAAUGACUCUGUCCCCUUUUGGAGUACACAGUUUGAUCUUCAGAUCUGAACUUGACCGGAGAACAUAAAGGCGCCUUACUGGGUAGAUGUAGGAGUUCAAAGAAAAUAGAUACAUAGAUAAACUAGACAGCACUCCGAGAGUGCAAAACGCCGCCAGGGCGCAACUCAGUUUCACCAUAAUGCCAUAAAAGCAAUAUUCCAAUAAGAGGUUGACCCUCAUAAUAUGAUAGCUUGACCAUGAAAACCUACUGCUGGCAUUUGGAAUGAUGCUAAUGUCUUUAUAAGUUUGAAAGUUAUUCAAGAAACACAACUGACAUGAAACUCAUUGGUUUAGGGGUAAAACAGGGACUUCAGUGAGUGGACUGCAGCCAAAAUGGUUAAAACAAACUACUGUGCUAACAGAGCUAACUUGAUCAGAAAAUGAGUCCUCACAUAUCCAAAAAUGUCAGAAAGAAAUUAUAAAUUAGCAUUACAUGGAUAGACUGACCACAUAUUCUCACUCUAAGUGGUUUAUGUGUCACCUGAAAAAAUGUCAAAACUUAAUAAAA